AUGGCCCAUGCCGCCGGCUGCAGCAAACGAUCCGUACUACACAUUAGCUCUAACCUUGCAGUAUUUGGGAAGGUCAGGGCGCCACGAAAUGGUGUUGGACGCCCGCGAAGUAUUACGCCGUCCAUGUUCGAAGCUCUUUGUGAACAUUUGAUGGAGAAGCCAACUCUAUAUCAAGAUGAAAUGGCCCUUUUCCUCUGGGAUGAAUUUGGGAAACAUGUGACGAUUCAAAGCAUCAGCAGGGCGCUUGCUUCGGUCGGGUGGUCGAAGAAAGCAGCUCGACAGAUUGCAAAGGAACGGAAUGCGGAUCUACGGGACUUCUACCUCCACAACCUAUCUUUUUUCAAGUCGUACCAUUUAGUAUUCGUGGAUGAGUCGGGAUGUGACAAAAGGGCUCGGUUUCGACGGAUAGGUUGGUCACCUCUCGGUGUGACACCAGUUCAGAUCUCCAAAUUCCACCGCGACAGACGCUAUCAGAUCCUCCCUGCCUAUGCCUAG